AUGAAGUCCGUCGCCGUCGCCUCUGCUCUGCUCGUCGCAGCUGCUGCCGCCCAGCCUCACCACGGCCACCACGCCCGCUUCCACGCCCACAAGCACGCGGGCCGCGAUGUCGUCGUCACCGAGACCGAGUGGCACACCGACACCGUCUACGUGACCGAGGUGGUCGAUUCCACCUACACCUACUGGGUCCAGGACGGCAAGACGUCCUCUGCCGCUCCCGCCGAGGCCACGGCCUCUGCCACUCUCUCCGCCUCUGCCGGCGAGUUCUUCGAGCCCACCUCCACCGCUGAGCAGGCCACUUCCACCAGCCAGGCUCCUCCUCCUCCCCCGGAGACCACCACUGCGGCCGCCAGCUCCGUCUUCACGCCCCCGCCGCCGCCUCCUCAGACCACCUCCUCUGAGGCUCCCGUCGUCGUCAGCGUGCCUGCUCCUGUCGUGCACACUACGUCCGUCGCUCCUCCUCCCCCUCCUCCCGUUGAGACGCCCUCUUCCGCUCCCUCCCCCUCUCCCUCUCCUUCUCCCUCGCCUUCGCCCUCUGUUGAGGUUCCCUCUCCUCCGGCCAACGUCGACACCGGCAGCGACAGCGGCUCCAGCGGCACCUACUCUGGUGACAUCACCUACUACACCAUCGGCCUGGGCUCUUGCGGCGAGGACGACACCGGCAAGGACCAGAGCGAGAACGUUGUUGCCAUUGCCGUCGGCCUCAUGGGCGCCGUCUCCAACGGCAACCCCAUGUGCGGCAAGACCAUCACCAUCCACGGCGGCGGCAAGACCACCACCGCCGUCGUCAAGGACAAGUGCAUGGGCUGCGCUGAGCACGACAUUGACGUCAGCGAGAAGGUCUUCCUCGAGCUCUUUGGCAGCCUUGACGGCGGCCGUGAGCCCGUCAGCUGGUCUUUCAACUAAGCUGCUGCUCACCAAACUGUCGCAGCUGCGCCUCUGAUGCACACCCCACAACAGCUUGCCUGUCUCAUGUGCAGCGCGCAUACAAGGCCAAGUCUUUUUGAGAUGAAAAGACUGGAAAAUAAAAACAAAUGUCGACAAAAUAUUUCACGUUAUACCCUUCAUCUGUUGAAUUUGUUUGGAUUCUACCAUCCCUGGCGUGGAUGCGGAAUGCGAUAUGGAACAGGAAAAUGAUUUUCAAUUUCUUCUUCUUCUACUUCUUCUCUUACGAAACGCCUUUGUCUCCCCAAAGGGAGACGGCAUCUUUUUCUGUGUACAUAUAGAACAAAUUUCAUAGAAUAUGUCCUCUUUUGUCUUGGAGACUACGUGGAAUGACAUACCUUUUAGAUGCUA